AUGUCCGACUACGCUCAACCCCCACACACCCCCACCCUCGAAACCUCGCCCUUCCGCCUCUCCACGCCACCGGAAGAGCUGCAAGAACUGCGCGACCUCGUGCGCCUGUCGAAGCUCGGGCCAAGGACGUACGAGAAUUCAUCUGCGGGCGGGAAGUACGGGAUCGAGUAUGAGUGGAUGGCUGAGGCGAAGGAACGCUGGGCGGAGGGGUUUGACUGGACGGUUAUUGAGACUCGUGUGAACGAGCACCCCAACUUCAAGGCCAAAGUCGUCGACGACGACGGGGCUACGUACACCGUCCACUUCCUCGGCCUCUUUUCGCAAAAGAAGGAUGCGAUCCCGUUGAUGUGCAUCCACGGAUGGCCGGGCAGCUUCCUCGAAUUCAUCGGCUUCCUCUCAGCCUUGAAGACCAAGUACACCCCCGAGGACCUCCCCUACCACGUCAUCAUCCCGUCCCUCCCAGGCUACGCCUUCUCCGACUCCCCGCCGGUAGACAGGGACUGGGUGCUGCAGGACUCUGCGCGGCUGCUGCACAAGCUCAUGGCCGGGCUGGGAUUCGAGGGCGGGUACGCCGUGCAGGGCGGCGAUAUUGGGAGCUACACGGCGCGGAUCAUGGCGCGCACGUAUGACUCCUGCAAGGCGCUUCAUCUGAACUUUUGCGCCAUGACGUGUCCCGAGGAAGCAGCAGACACGCCGCUCGAAGAGUAUGAGCGAGAAGCCCUAGAGAGGAGCGACAAGUUUGUCAAGUUUGGCACCGCGAUUGGUGAGAAAUUCCUCACGUGGACGCACGAAACCCCCUCCAUGGACGAGAUACUCGCCUCAGUCACGCUGUACUGGCUCACCCAGACCUUCCCCCGCGGGAUCUACCCGUAUCGACAGGAAGUUAUCGACGACACGCGCGGGUCCAUGACCGACGCGGAGUGUCGGCGGGUGAUCAAGGACGGCGCGAAGCGGUACAUGUUCCACCCGGACCCGGAGUACUACUGCGAGAAGCCGAUGGGGUACUCGUGGUUCCCGUACGAGAUUGUGCCGGUGCCGAAGGCGUGGGCGGCGACGACGGGGAAUCUGGUCUGGUACCGGCCGCAUGACAAGGGUGGGCAUUUUGCUGCGUAUGAGCAGCCAGAGGCUCUGCUGGGUGAUGUCGAAGACUUCUUGAAGCAGGUCUGGGUGUAG